AAAACUGCCGAAGCCGGGAGCGCGAAAGGGAAAAAAGGCCGGCGUUAGGUGGAUCUGCCCGGGCAAGGACUUGGAAUCGGAGCCAUGAACUGCCUGAUGAUGCCGGGAGUGCAGCCGGGGUCGCCCCUCAAGGCCCGCGGCCAGAUACAGGUCAUCUUUGGACCCAUGUUCUCUGGGAAAAGCACUGAACUCAUGCGCCGGGUCCGCCGGUUCCAAAUUGCACAGUACAAAUGUCUGCUGAUCAAGUAUUCCAAGGACACACGCUACUGCGUCAAUGGCGUCUCCACACAUGACAGGAAUACCAUGGAAGCCUAUUCAGCUUGUUGUCUCAAAGAUGUGCAUCAAGAGGCCCUUAACGCUGCUGUGAUUGGCAUCGAUGAAGGCCAGUUUUUUACAGACAUUGUAGAGUUCUGUGAAGCAAUGGCCAAUGCGGGGAAGACUGUCAUUGUGGCCGCCCUCGAUGCAACCUUCCAGAGAAAGGCCUUUGGCAACAUCUUGCAGCUGGUCCCUUUAGCGGAGAGUGUGGUGAAACUAAACGCCGUCUGCAUGGAGUGUUACCGUGAAGCCUCUUACACAAAGAGGCUGGGGACAGAGAAGGAGGUGGAAGUGAUAGGAGGAGCAGACAAGUACCAUUCAGUCUGCCGUGUCUGCUACUUCAAGAAACGGCCACAGCAGCAGCAGCAGCCAACUGACGACAAAGAGAAUCUACCAGGAGGAAAUAAGCAGCUAGAUAUCUCUGGUUCCCGAAAGGCUUUGGCUGCUCGUCAAAUCAUGCAGUGGAGCCCAUCACACUGAACUAGGAAAGUGACAGCCAUUUUUCUUCAGUGGGGUUAAUUGAUGUGCUGUUCUUCAUUCCAACUCUACUGUAUACCGUUAAUAAGGUGGCGUGGAUCAAAGGACAAUACUAGUGAAAGCACUAGAAAGAAUGAACUGCUUUUAAAGAAGGAAAUGAGGCUGGGGCAUGUUGCAAAAGGCUAAUGAUUUAGGUGUGCUAAAAACUGAAAGCUCACCUCUUAGUAGCUUCAUACUUAUGGGGAAAGACUUCCUACUGUCACAAAGAACUGGGAGAUUCCUCUAUGUUCACUAGCAGAACCUGUUUCCUAGUCAAACUAGAAUAUUAUUUAUAUCUUAAAGCCAUUGUCUCUUAUUUCAGCAGACACCAGUGUCCUUGUUGAACAAUUUACCUUAGAAGGGCUAGUCUCUUUCCCAGUCUUUCACCCUUCUUGGAACAUGGAAUAUGGAACAUAAUGUUCAACUCUAGACUAGACUGCCUGAGCAAAACAUAUUUUCCUCAAUUCUAUGUGUAGCUCUCUGAUCCAACAUCUAGCUACAUGUUGGGUAUAUAGCAGUUCGGUGAGGCAUCCAAACUAACAAAAUUAUUACUAAUCCUGCAUAAAUUAUGAGGCCUCUGCUUUUCUGUAGAAGGGUUUGAUAGAUAUAAUGUGUCUCCAGAAGUGGGCAAUAAGCAAUUCUUAUGUUCUUUGUAGUCUUGGCUUUAAAAUUUUGUGUCCUGUGUCAGGCUUUUAUUUCCUAAUUUAUUCAGGAUGGCCGAUAGCAUCAAUCAUGUUCAUUAUAUAUGAAACUUGGGGCAUGUACCUGUCGUAUAACUUCUGGCAGUUCGAUCUUACUGUCUUCUGCAUGAUGAAUGGUAGUAGCUAUUUCUGCAUUUGAUUCAGCAAACCAUCAGUUUUGCACUUAAAACAUGCCCCAAGACUGCUCUGCUGUCACUUCUGUUCCCCAUGAAUAUUUGCUGUCUUCUCCCAUAGUGA